GGAAACAAAGGUAACAUCAAAAGGAAGGAUCCAGAGCAUUCGACUCAUGCAGGUGAGAUGCGGUUCAAAUAUGAAAUAUACCCAAAAAGGUUCAUUGCGUCAUCGGAUUUCCGUAGACACGUGAGGAUUCAUACGGGUGAGAAAUCGUUUUUUUGUCCGGAAUCCACGAGGAAUUUCACCCAGGAAGGGAGUUUGCUUAAACAUAUGAGGGUUCAUACCGAUAAGAAACCAUAA